AUGGUGGCUACUUCAAUUAAUGAUUGCAUUCUGCGAAGUCGGAAGGAAGCAGAGUACGUAAUUUCUUCUGAUCUCGACGAAGUUAUUGUAGUUUAUGAGGCAUCAUCGUUGUCACAUUUCUUGCAUAAUUUACAAAAAAAGUAUGAAAGUUUUCAGAAUCACUGGGCUAAUAUUUCAAAUCCAAAUGAAAUUGAUUUCAGUAACUUUGCAAAUAUUUUGCUGGAAAAUUACACUUGGCCAAAAGGUUCUCGGAGUAAAAUAAUUGUUCGACCAGAGUAUGUUUAUAGUGCUCAUGUACAUGACGUAUUAAGUGUGGAUCGUGGUAAACUCAUAACGACUGUAUCACCCAAAACAGCUCGAGUAUUUCAUCUAAGGCGAAUAAUGCAAGAUAAACUUUUAUCUUCAAAAUCUGUUAUGAAGACUAAUGCAUUAGCCCGUUUUGUUAAUCCUUGCAAUAAAUCAUGGAAAAAUAGGUUACAAACAAUUCAACAGCUCCCUGAUGUUAAAAUUUUACACGGAAAUACUUGGCCUCAGCGAGGAGUUCAGGUAAUGAAGGAAUUAGAGAAUUGCCGAGUGCAACUGCAAUCUGUUCAAAAUUGUUCAUGUAAUUCUAUUUAUCUGUGCUCGUCUAAAAUCACUUCUGUUGAUACCGAUGAAUGGGUGCUAGGAAAGCAAGCUUGGACUACUUUAUAG